AUGAGCAUGAGUGAUCUGAGGAUUGUUCUUCUGGGGAAGAGUGACACAGAAAAAAGUCUCGUAGGAAACUUCAUCUUAGGACGAGCAGCGUUUAAAAGUGAAGCUCCUCCAGAUGUUGUAGAGAGAGUCGGAGGAAGACUGAAGGACAGACACCUGAUCAUCAUCAACAGUCCUCAGCUGCUCCAGACCUACAUCUCAGAUCAUCAGAUCACACACACAGUGAGAGAGUGUGUGUUUCUGUCUGAUCCAGGACCUCAUGUGUUCAUAAUCAUACUGCAGUAUAAAGACUUCACCGAGGAGGACCCUGAGAAGACGCGAUUAGAGCAGAUCCUCAGAGAGAACAGUGAAGAGUGUCUGUAUCAUGAUGCAGAAGGAUCAUCAGUCGAUGAAGAUCUCAGCAGAUCGUUUGUUUCACUCCGAACAGAGGAGGAAGAGGAAGAUUCGGAUGCAGAUGAUGAUAGAAAAUCCCAAGACACUCAUAUAGAGAAAAAGGAAGCAAAAGGUUUUCUUGAUAAUAUACCAAAAUUAUCCUUUUGUCUACCACACAAUUAUGUUGCUGCGAGGAUUGUGCUUCUGGGAAAGACGGGUGUUGGGAAAAGUGCAACGGGAAACACGAUACUGAGAAGAGAAGCUUUUAUAUCGAAACUGACUUCUCGCUCAGUGACCAGAGAGUGUGAGAAAGAAAGCUCAGAGUUCAACAGAAGACGGAUAACUGUGAUCGACACUCCAGGCCUGUUUGAUACUGGAGUCGAUAAUGUUGAGACCAGGAAGGAGAUUGUGAAGUGCGUCUCAAUGGCUGCUCCUGGACCACAUGUGUUUCUGCUGGUGAUUCAACUGGGACGAUUCACUCAAGAGGAGAAAGAUGCAGUGAAGAUGAUCCAGGAGAUGUUUGGAGACAAAUCCAGAAUGUACACCAUGGUGCUCUUCACCAGAGGAGAUGAUCUUAGAGGAACAAGGAUUGAAGAUUUUAUUGAAGGCGAUGAUAGCUUGCAGUACCUCAUCAAGCAGUGUGGUCACAGAUACCAUGUGUUCAACAACAAAGACACUAAAGAUCAGACGCAGGUUUCUGAGCUGCUGGAUAAGAUUGACUGUAUGGUGGCAGCAAAUGGAGGGAGUUUAUACACCAAUGAGAUGUUCCAACAGGUGGAGAAGAACAUCAGAGAAGAGCAAGAGAGAAUCAUGAAAGAGCGAGAAGAAGAGAUCAAGAGGAAAGAAGAAGAGCUGAGAGCCAAAUAUGAAGCAGAAAUAGAAGAAAUGAAGAAAGAAAAUGAGAGAGAAAGAGAAGAGAUGCAGAAUGAACUGAGAAAAAGUGAGGAAGAGUUCAGAAAGAGAGAAGAAGAGAUCAAAGAAAAGAAAGAUGAAAUCUACAAAAAAGAGCUGCAGAGAAAACUGAAGGAGAACCAGAAACUAUUUGAAGAAGAAAAUAAAAGAAAAGAAAAGGCUUUGGGAGAACAACAACAGAACUUCAUAAAAUACUUGGAAGAAAAGCCGGAGAAAGAAAAACAAAAACUUAAGGAGAAGAUUCAGCGUGAAGCACGAGAACAAGCAGAGUGUGAAUAUCUCAUAAAACUGGAAAGAGAAGUAGCUGAAGCUUUAAAAGAAGCUGUUUUAUUGGUUCUUUUGAAGAGAUCGUGUGCUGGAUUACCAGCAUACACUCUAAAUGUCAAGCUCAACGGCAAACUGAAGGGUGAGUUCAGGUACAAGCCCAAUUCAAAACAAAUUGGGACGCUGUGUAAAAUGUGAACCUGGCUGUGAAAAUCCAGCUAAAGUUAUUAUUAUUAUUUUUUUUUGUGAUUUACUGUUUUCUACAUAGAAUCAUUCUUCAUACAGAUGUAGAACAUUCUGUGAAAAAUAUAACCUCUAUAUAUUUAAUAUUGAGUGAGUAAGGUCAUGUCAAAGAUUGAAAU